GAUUACCUGACAGGGCCUCCUCUAAAGCGAGCACAGGGCGAUUUCAGCCGAUUCAUGCCCAAGAAUCCUGUGGCAUCUACAGAGCUGCAGUUCCUCAGGAUGCCUGGACGAGCCCUUUCAUUAAAAAGAAGCAAAGCGGGACUGCAAGAAUUUAGCAGCUCUCCGGUUCUGAGACUAAACUCUAGUUCGGACUAUGCGCGGCAGUUUUCAGGAGACGAAAACCUCGUGAAUAUAAACGAAAAACAGCUGCUGCAGGGGCUGAAUGAGCGCUUUGCCGGCUUUAUCGAUACGGUUCGUCAACUGGAAGAUCAAAACAAGUGUUUAGAAAAAGAAAUCGCCGAACUAAAACAAAAAGAAUGCUCCCCUUCCGAUUUAGCAGAAGUAUACGAUCCGGAGAUUAGAGAAUUGAGGAAACAGAUUCGAGAAAUGGCUCUCCAAAAGAGUCAGAUUGACCUGGAGCGCAUUGAUAUGCAAGAAGACUGCAGUGCUCUCGCUAUGAAGUUUGAAAAAGAAGUUCGGAACAGAUCAGAGUCCGAAAGUUACAUCGCGACUUUAAAGAAAGAUAUCAAUGACGCUCAGCUUUUAAAACUCGAAUUAGAAAAGAGAGUCGACGCCCUUGUUGCAGAAAUCACUUUCCUGAAGAAAAACCACCACGAAGAGGUGUCCGAAAUGAUGGCCCAAAUCCAACAGGCCCGCCUAACCGUGGAGGUGAAGGAGUGCGGGAAGGCGGACAUCACCGCGGCUUUGCGGGACAUCAGAAAGCAGCUUGAAGGUCACGCCAGCUCCAACAUCCAGCACGCCGAGGAGAGUUUCCGCACUCGCGUGGAAAACCUGACCAGAGCCGCGGAGAGCAGCAGCCAGGCGCUCCAGAGCACGACACAGGAGAUCCAGCAGCACCGCCGGCAGCUGCAGUCCAAGAGCCUGGAGCUGGAGACCGCCAAGGGCACCCGGGAGCUUCUGGAGAGACAGCUGUGUGACUUGGAGGAAAGGCACGACGGAGAAAUCAGUCAUUACCAGGAGACAAUCAAUCACCUGGAACUGGAGCUGAAUCUCACCAAAUCCGACAUGUCUGGUCACUUGAGGGAGUACAAGGAUCUGAUGAAUGUCAAAAUGGCACUGGACGCAGAGAUAGCAUCUUACAGGAAACUGUUGGAAGGAGAAGAGACUCGUCUGUCUUCAGUGUCUGGAUCCCAGAUUUCAUUGCCGUAUGCGUACAGACAACCUCCAAGUUACACAAAGGAGCAAAGCAGAGCCUCCAAGACAGAGCUACAGUACAAGUUCGUUGAGGAGAUCAUUACCGAAACAACAAAAGAAGCAGAGAUGACUGCGAUUGAAGAGGCAGAAUUGGAAACAAACAGAGAAGAGGAAGCAAGAGGGAAUGGGAGCAGAGAGGAAGAAGAGGCAGCUGAGGCAGAGGAGACACAGGAGAGAGAGGACACCCCAGAAUCAGAGGAACAACAUGAACAGUCAUCCCAUGAGGCUGAGGGGACACAGCAGAGAGAUGACACCCCAGAAUCAGAGGAACAACAUAAAGAGACAUCUCCUGAGGCUGAGGAGAGACAGCAGAGAGAUGACACCCCAGAAUCAGAGGAACAACAUAAAGAGACAUCUCCUGAGGCUGAGGAGACACAGCAGAGAGGGGACACACCAGAAUCAGAGGAGCAACAUGAACAGUCAUCUCCUGAGGCUGAGGAGGAAGGAGCAGCUGCAGUGAAACCAGAUGAGGGAGGUGCUGAUGAAGAUGAAUCUGGAGCAGAAGCAGCAGACGAGCCUGAGGAUGUCCAACAUGAGGGGAAGGUGGAAGAACACACCACACAGGAAGCUGUGCCAGAGGAAUCCCAUGAUGCAACAGAGACAUUGGAAGUAGUGAAAGAUGCUCCUGCAGAACAAACUGCAAAGGAGGUAAAUGACCAGGCGAAAAAAGAAGAAAGUGAAAUAGAGGGAAGGAAAGCAGAACUUGCAGCUGCAUCUGAAUCAAAGCAGACAAUCAGGGACAGGAUCCCAGAAAAGGAUGAAACAGAAGUAAGAGAAGACAGGCAAGACCAAUCUAAAACCGAGAAAGAAGCUUCUGGAGUAAAAGCCUUAAAGGAGGUGACAGACAGAGAGAAAACAGAAGAAAAGGCAGCAGAAGACAAACCUGUGUCUGAAGCUAAGUCCCAGAAGAGUGACAUUGAAGUGGCCCUGGAGAAGGAUGAGAAAGAAGAAGUGCAGUCAGAGGAGCCUUCUGAGGACACAACCCAGAGAGAGGAAACCAAAGAGUCUUCAGCAAGACCACAGGAGAGCCCAGUAAAAGAAACUGUAGAAGAUCAAUCAAAGGAGCACAGUGUUGUAGUGGAGGAAGUGGAGGCUGCAAAGGAAAAGAGCCCACAGAAAGAGACAGCACAGGAUCCCAAAGAAACAUCAGUCAGACCCACAGGAAAGGAGCUUACAAGACCUACGUGUGAAGAGGGUGAAGAAAAGCCCACUGGUGUCAGAGCAGAACUUGACACCAGUCAACACAGUCCUGCAGAGGAAAAGGUGGACACAGUGAUGGCAGCAGAGGUUUCUGAGUCUACACCUGAAAAGACCGUACAGGAAACAGAAGACAAACAGGCAUCCAAACACCUCCUGACAGAGGAAAGAGCAGAACCACUGGCAUCAGAAAAGGGGGCUUCAGGACCCGAGAUUGAAGCAGAGACAACAGCUGCAGGUGCUGAAACUGAAUCCACAGACCUUCAGGAACAGGAGAGUGUGAGUGAAGUCAAGCCCACAGAGAGCAGCGGUGACAAGAGUGACCACACCCACGAGAGAGCAGAGUCAACGGUCAAGGCCAGCGAUUCAGUGGACAGAGACUCACAGAAGGAAGACACAUCCGCUGAUCAGAAAGACGCAGCUAAAGAAUCAGAAGGUUCCCAGAAGCUGGAGUUGACACUGUGUCCUAAAGAAGGACUGGAAGCUGACAGCUUUCCAGGCACCAGGGAGAAGAAGGAUAAAGAACCAGAGGAACCAACACAACAGGAACAGGAGGGAAGAGCUGAACAGAAACAAGAUCCAGUGAAGGAACUCAGCGCAGGACCGAAAUCUCAAGACCCUUCAGCCCAAAGGGAGAGACCAUCUGAAAGCACAAAGACAGACAAGCGGGGGGACAUGAAGCACACAGAGGGGAUUCCACAGAAAGAGAAGCAACUGGAGAGGCCAGGCAGCCCAGGGCCCGAUACCAAGGAAUUAACUGCCAGCAGCUCCACAGACCUUAAAGCAGUCAAGGACACAGAAGUGCCUUCAGAAGACUCACAGGUAGCAGUAGAAAUCAAAGAGCAACAGAUUCUGCCCUCUGACUUGAAAGCAAAGAAAGAACCCGAAACAGAGUUAAGAGAAGAAGUCAGACCCACCAUUCAAGAGAAUAGGCUUGAUGGAAGGGGAGAUGUCACUGAGUCUGUGACUAAGACUAAAGAGGAAGAUACAAAAGUGCCAGAAAAGGAAUGUCAGCCUGAGACAAGUAAGCAACCACUAGCUGAACCCAAGGCUGAACAGAAAGGAGUUGUAGACGAGGCAAAAUGUUAACCAAAAAGAAAUAAAUACGAGAAGAUGCACGUGGAAAGCUCUAGCUAAGCAAGAAACAGUAAAUAAAAAGCAUGAUUAGAAAAACAAAUUCCAGCUCUAAAAACUGAAAGAAGUUGCUGGUAUGAUAUGUGAGAAUUGUAGUACUGUGCAAACCAGGCAGUUAAGCUCAGUUGUUUUGAAUGUAUGUUGCUGUUAUUCAAUGUUCUCCUAUAAAUACUGUAAUUGAUCACUACAGAACUGCCUUCUAAAGUUAAAUAAAUGAU